AGAAAAAAAUGAAGUCACUUAUACAACAGCCGGGUGUAUGAAGCUCCCUCCUCCCCGGCCGGCUCGCAUACGCUGCACCGCUGCGGCCGGGGCUGAUGCUCGCUCCCUCCGCGGGCAUGUCUGCCGGGGGCUCCGACGGGACAGCGGACACGCCGGCAGGUCAGUACUGCAGGCAGGCCAGUCCAGGGAUGAUGGAUGAAGAUAUUGCUGCAGAGGAAGAGGGGCAGAGCCACGUAGGAUGCUCCACACCAGCUGCUGAGUUGCCAAGGAAACGAAAGGGAGAUGUGGAAGAGAGGGAAGACCUGGACAUGGAUGUGGACGACGACUUCCACAGAUCUGAAGGGGAGGAUCAGCAAGUCAAAAUGAAAUGCUUUAGGGAGCCUCACCGCCAGAUUGAAAAGAGACGAAGAGACAAAAUGAACAAUCUGAUUGACGAGCUGUCCGCCAUGAUCCCCUCCUGUCAGCCCAUGUCCCGGAAACUGGACAAGCUCACUGUGUUACGGAAAGCUGUACAAUACCUGAAAUCCCUCAAAGGUGGGACGAGCGGCCCCUUCAAUGACACCAGCUGCAAGCCUUCUAUCAUGCCUUAUGACGACCUGAGGCAACUCCUGCUCAGGACUGCAAAUGGUUUCCUGUUAGUGGUAAGAUGUGACCGGGCCAAGAUCCUGUUCAUCUCCGAGUCCGUCUCCAAGAUCCUCAACUUCAGCCAGGUGGAGCUUGCUGGUAAGAGCUUGUUUGACUUCAUCCACCCCAAAGACAUUAACAAGGUGAAAGAGCAACUGUCCUCUUCAGAGAUGCUCCCUCGCCAGCGCCUCAUCGAUGCAUCAACUGGGGUCCAGGUCCAUGCAGAGGCUCCUGUAAGGACCUCCCAGUUGGCCACCGGAGCCCGGCGGUCCUUCUUCUGUCGCAUGAAACACUCGAGGAAACACGAAGGCAAGCAGUCCCUGCCCAGCAUCUCUAAAAAGAAAGAUAGUCACAGAUACUGUACCCUCCACUGCACCGGUUACAUGCGCAGCUGGCCGAGCAGCCAGCUGGACCCCGAGACCGACAGCGCUGACUUCGAAAGCUCCAGCCUAAACUGCCUGGUGAUGAUGUGCCGCCUCCACUCUCACCCUUCCCAAGAUCCUUCCAAAGACGUCAACGUCAAAGCCACCGAGUUUGUCACCCGGUGUGCAAUCGACGGCAAGUUCACUUUUGUAGAUCAGCAAGCAACAACGGUUAUAGGAUAUCUGCCGCAAGAAGUUCUGGGCACGUCGUGUUAUGAAUACUUUCACCAGGACGACCUACAGCACCUAGCAGCGAAACACAGGCAAGUUCUUCGAAGCAAAGACAAGAUCGAGACGCAGUCCUACAGGUUCAAAACAAAAUACGGCUCCUAUAUUUCUCUCCAAAGUCAGUGGUUUGGUUUCACAAAUCCAUGGACCAAAGAAAUCGAGUUCAUCGUGUCUUCGAACAGAGUCCUCUCGGGAGCUGCUCAAGCACAAUACGUGGAGGAGGCCGGCAGCUCAAAGUUACUUCAGGAAGACGCCAAGCAAAUACCAGAAAUUCCUGGCCUUUCCAGUGCGGUGGGAACGAUGAUCUAUGCAGGCAGCAUAGGGACGCAAAUCGCAAGUGAGCUCAUCGACACUUACAGGGCAAACUCGUCUCCAUCAAGCGGAGCUUCAAGUCCCUUUCAUCUUGUGCCAGACAAAUCUUCACAGACCAGCACUAGUGCUUCCAGUAGAGAAGAGGAAGCAGGCAACUCGUCCCAGUCCCAGUCCUGUUCCCAGUCCCAGUCCCAGUCCCAGGCCGACUCCAGGAUGGCAGCAGAUGGCAGCAGUGCAACGUCUGAAACCUCAGGCGAUGCGUUGCAGCUGGACCUGGACAGCCUGGCUGUCCCCGGGCUGAGCAGCUUCAGCAGCGACGAGGCAGCCAUGGCCGUCAUCAUGAGCCUGCUGGAGACGGACGCAAACCUGGGUCAGUCGGGGGACUUCGAGGACUUACACUGGCCUUUCUAGCGGGCGCCUCUGACUCUCAUCCUUUCACGUGCCGUUUUUUUUUACCAUUCGCUGAGACACCGCCUGUCCAGCUGUGUGUGAUCUCAAGGCUCGUCUGGUUUCGCACGGUGGAACCCAACCAACCUGCGCCAAAGGUCGCGACAUGUCAUACUUGAGGACGUCAAAAAAGAAAGCUCAUAGGAAUAAUUGUGACUGUGAUGUUGGUUCCUGGGUUCUUGCUUGAAGGAAAGUGAGGUCGAAGUGGCCCCGAACCUUGUGGUGAUCCUGUGUCUUCCUCACUGACACUGUAGCAUCUCCAGGGGGCGUCGGCCGACACUUUCCCCAGCAGAAGGACGUCUGCUGACCUCAGUGACCUCAGUGUGGAGGAGAAACAGACUCCUGCCGUGUACGGCGCUGCUAGAGAAA